CUCGCGCCUCUCGCGGUUGACUUCAGAUGAAACGCCAUCAGGAUCGUUAAACCGGCUAAGUACAGCUAAGCACACGCUGAGGACCAAGGUUGGCUAUUGCUCAAAUAAAUUAUCCAGGGGUGAUCCUGGAUCUUCCAGCAAUGCUUAAUAUGGUUCGAGGUGCUCGCGGCGGCAUGAUAAGAGGUGGUCGCGGAGGAAUGGGGCGUGGAAUGGGAUUUCCUAGGAAACAGUUCCUGCCCAGACAUCCCUUUGAUUACACCCUUUGCGAGGCUGCGUUUCCUCGUGUCAAGGCAGCUGCGGAUGAGGCUGACUUUACUACGGCACUUCUGAAGAAAAAUUCAGACAUGUGUCCGACAGCGAAAGAGCAGAAUUCCAUCUUGAACCUCGUUACGAAGCUACAAGGAGUUCUGGAUAAUCUAAUCGUUGCACCUGGAACCUUCGAAGCUUGUCAACUCGAGGAAGUCAGACAAGUGGGGAGCUUCAAAAAAGGGACAAUGAUCAAGGGUCACAAUGUAGCAGACAUCGUUGUUAUCCUCAAAACAUUACCUACAAAAACAGCGGUUGAAGCGCUGGGCACGAAAGUAAACACAGACUUGAAGGCGGGCAAUCCUAAAGAGGCGUUUAAGCUGGCUCAAACGGAACGUGGAUUUGAUCUUUCAACUAAUGAGGCCACUGUUCGUGUCCUUAUCACUACUUUGCAUCAAAACUUACGUAAAUUGGAAUCUGAGCAGCAUCUUGACGUUAAAAUCUGCCAAGGGCACCUAGCAGCUAUCAGACACUCUCGAUGGUUCGAAGAAAAUGCCCAUCACUCGAGUAUCAAAGUACUGAUCAGAUUGCUGAGAGACUUGAGGACCAGAUUCGAGGGUUUCGAACCCCUGUCACCAUGGAUGCUAGAUCUUCUGGCACAUAACGCAAUCAUGAAUAAUCCCAGCAGACAAGCACUGCCGAUAAAUCAAGCCUACAAGCGAGUGCUCCAGCUCCUCGCUUCAGGGUUAUUUUUGCCUGGGUCAGCCGGAAUUUCCGAUCCCUGCGAGGGUGGAAACAUCCGUGUACACACCGCUAUGACGUUGGAACAACAGGACCAAGUGUGUCUAACGGCACAAACAUUGCUACGAGUUUUGGCGCACGGUGGUUACAGGCCAUUGCUCGAAGGCGGUAAUAAAUUAGCGGUAGAAAUGAGUGUAUGGGCUGGCGGUGUGGUUGCCAGUCCUUUGGACAAGGCGUACGAACCUCCAACGGAACAGGAACAGCAGGAAGAAAUGGAAGAAGGAAAUGAAGAAAUGGUGACUCAAGACACAUAAGAAAUAUUUUAAUGAAAUUAACAAACUCAGCUUGUUCCAGAUUGUUAUAAGGCGUGUUUGUAUCUCUGUCUGUACAUUUGAUACAAUUUCACGUGAGAUUUGGAACGACUCUAUACAUGGUAUAACGCUGGAUUUAUUGAAAAUCAUAUAAUUACGAAUUUGUACAAGGAUCGGUAUCAAUAGAGCGGGGAUGGGUAAAGAGAAAUCGUCCAUUUUCAGACUCGAUAAUGAAUUUUUUCAAUGUAUAUUCUUUCGUUUUUGUCGGCAACCCGUGACGUACACAUUACAUGUAUGUCUAUGUUUGUCGUUGCCGAU